GAUGCACUAGGUAGAUAUACAGUUGGUAGAUUUAUAGUAGGUAUACAGUAAAUAGAUUUACACUAGAUAGACCUCAUAUAAUAUUGAGCAUAUACAGGACAUGCAGACACAUAGGAAGUGUGACAUGACCAGUGACUGAACCAGAGAGAACAGCAGCCUGAUGGAAUUCUCCACUUUCUUGCUUCACAAGCCAAGACCUGCAAAGGAAUUCAGAGAGGAAGAUGGGAGGAGGAGCGAGGAACAUCGGGUGAAAGAAAGGGGCUGAGCAGUUCAGCUACAGUAUGCAGGCAAUAAUAAAGGAGUACAGAAGGGAUAUAUUGAAACAAAAAGAAAGGAAGAUGAUUUUGCAGUAUUAGUUUGCUGUGAAGGAGAGAGGAAAUAAGAGUUGAAAAGGUUGAGCGAUCGAUGGAAUGAAAGAAAGACUAAGUAGAUGCAGAAAGGUACAGAAAGAAUAGAUCUAGUUUUGAAUGGAGGUUUACUUGGUAUAGAACAGGCCUGGUCAAAGGUCGGCCCUGGGGCCGUAUGCGACCCACGACCUGAUUCAAUACGGCCCGCGGAAUCAUACUCUGACAGUCUGAAACCCACGUCACCGUUACAAAUUGUAGCUAGCUAGAAAUUGUGCAAAAUGAGUUUUUCAAAGAAAAGGAAAGUAGACAAUGUAGGGUGUUCCAGCAAGAGUGGACAUCGAAAUAUGUAUCUAUUGAGGGAUCAGGGAAGGCUAUGUGCUUAGUGUGCAAAGAGAGCAACUUGUUACGACACUUCCAGACGAAGCAUGCAGGGAAAGAUAGGAAUAUGUCUUCUGAGCAGAGGGCAAGUUCAUCAAAAGAGUUGCUGUCUCAGUUGCAAAAGCAGCAAGGACUUUUUACAAAACGGCAUUCGGCAAACGGAGUUGCGAGAGCUAGCUAUGUACAUGUCCACAAAAUUGCUAAACAUAGCAAGCCAUUCGCUGAGGGCAAAUUCAUUAAAGAAUGUUUAAUUGACUCUGCAGCAAUACUUUGCCCCGACAAGAAAGAGCUGUUUGAAAAAGUUUCCCUGUCAAGACGAUCAGUAACACAGCGUGUUGAGGACAUCGCAGAGAAUAUGGAACAACAGUUGGAAGACGAGAUGCAGUGUCCCUCCACCUCCCCAGAUGCCACUAGCAUGGAGGAGAGCCACAGGGAAUAAGAGCCUCCAGGAGACCGCAGGUCCUUAUGGUUGAGCUGGGUGUUGGUCCCUGCGAUGCCUCCCGCCAUGACAGACGACCUGGACUUGUGGGCGGCCCACUCCCAGCUGUGUGGAGAGGACCUGGUCACUGUGGACUUCCUGUUACCCACCGGUAUCUACAUCCAGAUGGACGUCCCCAGAGAGGCCACCAUACAACACAUCAAACUGCUCCUAUGGAAGCAGGCCCAGUCAUACCCCCUGUUUCCGUCUCUGGGGGAGAUGGAGGGCCACAUGUUUGAGUGUGUGAACCAGGCAGCGGUGCACGAGGAGCUGGAAGAUGAGACCAGGCGCCUCUGUGAUGUUAGGCCCUUCUGUCCCAUGCUCAAACUGGUCACACGCAACUGUGGCCGCGCGGAACGCUUGCUCGACUCCAAGAUCGGUGUGCUCAUCGGAAAAGGUCUCCACGAGCUGGACGCUCUGCAAGACCAGGAGGUGAAGGAUUUCCGCAGUAAGAUGUUCCGUAUCAGCGAGGAGAAGAUGCAGCGGGUACAGCUGAUGACCUGGAGCGAGUGGCUGCAGGCCUGCUUCUCUCCGCAGCUGGAGCCAGGGGGAGGAGCCACACCGGUCACAGACGGUGUCAACGACAAACAGGCCGAGGCCAGCCUCAAAGUCACCAUGCACUUCGACCAGUCCCAGGACACAGCCAGUCUGAAGGUGUGGCCCAGCACCAGUCCCAGUGAGCUGAUGGAACAGGCGUUGAGGAAAUGGCUAACGACCCACGGCCCCGAGGAGGAGGGACGCCAGGCCGAGCAGUAUGUUCUGAGGGUCAGCGAUAAGCUGGAGUUCCUCUGUGGAGACCACCCCCUCAUACAGUACAAGUACAUCAAAGCUUGUCUCCAGGCUAAGGAGUGUCCCCACCUGACCCUGGUCCAGGUCAGCACAGUCCAGGCCAUGUUCGAGAAGGAGAUCUCGGCCAUCGGAGCUGUAGUCAACCGAAAGAGCUCCAACCCCCCCUUACCCCUGCCCCCCAAGAGGAGGGGACCCUCGCAAGUGAAUACGUGUGUAUGGGAGGUGUCCAGCCCGUUUAAGAUUGUCCUAAUCAAAGGCAGCAAGGUGAACGCUGAGGAGACCGCCAAGGUCCAGGUGCGUGCAGGCUUGUUCCACGGCACAGAGUUGUUAUGCAAGCCGGCGGUGAGCAGCGAGAGCAGUGGACGCUCGGAACACGUGUGGAACCGCACGCUAGAGUUCGACAUCACUGUGAGCGACCUGCCGCGCAUGGCCCGCCUCUGCUUCGCCGUCUAUGCCGUCAUGGACAAGGUCAAGAAGCAGAAGUCCACCAAGAACGCCCACAUCAACAAGUACCAGACCAUCCGCAAAGCUGGCAAAGUGCACUACCCUGUAGCCUGGGUGAACACCAUGGUGUUUGACUAUAAAGGACAGCUGAAGACUGGAGAUAUCAUCCUUCACAGCUGGUCUUCCUUUCCUGAUGAACUCGAAGAGAUGCUGAACCCCAUAGGAACCAUCCAGACCAACCCGUACACUGAGAAUUCUACAGCACUCCACAUCCACCUCCCUGACUACAACCCUCACCCCAUCCUAUUCCCCCCCUUCGACAAGAUUCUGGAGAAAGCUGCAGAAAUCGCUGGGUCAAGCGAUUGCUCGUCCAUGGGCCGAGGCGGUAAGAAGUUCCACAUUGAGCUGAAGGAGAUCAUGGAGAGGGACCCUCUGUCCCAGCUGUGUGAGAACGAAAAGGACCUCAUCUGGACACUACGCUACGACUGCAUGGAGAACUUCCCCCAGUCACUGCCCAAACUGCUGCUCUCCGUCAAGUGGAGCAAACAUGAGGACAUGGCCCAGCUCCAGGCCUUGCUGCAGAUCUGGCCCAAGCUGAGUCCCAGGGACGCUCUGGAGCUGCUCGACUUUAACUAUCCAGACCAGUACGUCAGAGAGUAUGCUGUGGGCUGCCUGAGGGAUAUGAGUGAUGAGGAGUUGUCUCAGUACCUGCUCCAGCUGGUCCAGGUGUUACGUUAUGAACCCUACUAUGACUGUGCGCUCACCCGAUUCCUGUUGAACAGAGCUCAGUGCAACCGCAACAUAGGACACUUCCUCUUCUGGCAUCUCAGGUCAGAGAUGCACAUGCCAGCCGUCUCUGUCCAGUUCUCUCUCAUCCUCGAGGCCUACAGUCGCGGCAGCAUCCCUCACAUUGAGGUCCUGAAGAAACAGGUGGAGGCUCUCAGCAAGCUGAAGUCUGUGAACGAGCUGAUCAAGCUGGGCACCAUCAAGAACGCACGCAGUAAGACCAAGGAGGCCAUGCUCACCAAAGAGGCCAUGAUGACUUGUCUGAGACAGAGUGGCUACACAGAGACCCUCUCUGACCUGCACUCCCCUCUCAACCCCAGUGUCCUGCUCUCUGGAAUCAAUGUGGAGAAGUGUCGGUACAUGGACUCGAAGAUGAAGCCUCUGUGGAUCGUCUACAACAACAAGCUUCUGGGGGGAGACACCCUGGGAAUCAUCUUCAAGAACGGAGACGACCUGAGACAAGACAUGUUGACACUGCAGAUCUUGAGGUUGAUGGACCUGCUAUGGAAGGAGGCCAAUCUGGACCUCAGAAUUGUACCUUACGGUUGCCUAGCAACUGGGGACCGGUCAGGGCUGAUCGAGGUGGUGUCGUCGGCGGAUACCAUCGCCAACAUCCAGCUGACCAGCAGCAACGUGGCGGCCGCCGCAGCCUUCAACAAGGAUGCGCUACUUAACUGGCUCAAAGAGAAGAACUCUGGAGAUGCUCUGGAGAAGGCUAUCGAGGAGUUCACCCUGUCAUGUGCAGGCUACUGCGUGGCCACCUACGUCCUGGGGAUAGGUGACCGCCACAGUGACAAUAUCAUGGUUCGCAGCACUGGACAGCUCUUCCACAUAGACUUUGGGCAUAUCCUGGGGAACUUCAAGUCCAAGUUUGGCAUCAAGAGGGAACGCGUCCCCUUCAUCCUGACCCAUGACUUCAUCCACGUCAUCCAACAGGGAAAGACGGGCAACACUGAGAAGUUUGGCAGUUUCCGUAAUUACUGUGAACAAGCCUACCUGAUUCUGAGGCGGAAUGGGAACCUCUUCAUCACCCUGUUUGCCCUCAUGCUGACUGCUGGACUGCCAGAGCUCACCUCCGUCAAGGAUAUACAGUACCUAAAGGACUCUCUGGCCCUGGGGAAGACCGACGACGAGGCACUGAAACAGUUCCGCCAAAAGUUUGACGAGGCGCUGAGAGAGAGCUGGACCACCAAAGUCAACUGGAUGGCCCACAACGUGGUCAAAGACAACCGCUCCUAGAACAGACAGUCGCACAUCCUGGAGCUGGAGGGUGAAAUGUUAAAGGUCAGGAGGGUCUGAGGUCUAUCCAGUGCUGGGACAACAGUGACAAUGGGGGGAUAGGUGUUGCUAAGGGGUGAAGACCAGACAGGACUGGGCUGCAAAGAAGGGAAUCUAGAAGGCUAUCUUAAACACACAUGCUCUUACAGGCUUAAAUCCCCCUCCCUUUGCCUUUCCUCUGGCUUUUGAAGCUGCUGUGUGCCUCCAGCCAGUCCAGCAGUCCCAUUGCCUCUCCCUGAUCAUGUGACAUAUUUGUGGGUAAUGUGGUUGCGAAUAUUGCACUGCUCGGUGAGAGUCAGAGCCUCCCGUCUGAGUUGUGAAUGGACUGCCCCCUUGGAGACUGGACUAGACUGAACCAAUGAGGAAGGAAGGGGACGGGGGUGGUUUCACCCACCUAUUAGCAAGACUUCUGAUCUUCCUUGUGUUGAACUAAAGGGAGAGGUCAGGGUUGACCACACCCACUCAAGGCCUCACAUCGUGUCUUAAAAAGACACCAAAAUGUGCACAUAGCCAGAGGAAGUGCGUCUUAUUGGACUUUUCCUCGCAAGGCCUCCAGUUCAUCUCGAAAGUGUGCCUAAAAACUGCGAGAAGAUUGUAUUUGUUUAGUUUUUUAAACGUUUUUUUUAUUUCCAUUUUAAGAUGUUAUUAAGAUGCUAUAGGACAUGUAUAUGUGCCAGACUACUUUUUAUUUAUAAGUGUGUGUGUGUGUGUGUGUGUGUGUGCGUGUGCGUGUGCGUGUGCGUGUGUGUGUACACAGACAGAGACACGCUGCAUGGCCAAUUUUUUCUGGAUGUCUCUUGCCGAUAGCUAAACAACAACUUUCCACACUCCGCUUAUGCUGUCCCCUCCUAGUAGCUAGCUAUUUCCCUCACUAACGUUAGCACAACUUAUGCUGUCCCCUCCUAGUAGCUAGCUAUUUCCCUCACUAACGUUAGCACAACUUAUGCUGUCCCCUCCUAGUAGCUAGCUAUUUCCCUCACUAACGUUAGCACAACUUAUGCUGUCCCCUCCUAGUAGCUAGCUAUUUCCCUCACUAACGUUAGCACAACUUAUGCUGUCCCCUCCUAGUAGCUAGCUAUUUCCCUCACUAACGUUAGCACAACUUAUGCUGUCCCCUCCUAUUAGCUAGCUAUUUCCCUCACUAACGUUAGCACAACUUAUGCUGUCCCCUCCUAGUAGCUAGCUAUUUCCCUCACUAACGUUAGCACAACUUAUGCUGUCCCCUCCUAGUAGCUAGCUAUUUCCCUCACUAACGUUAGCACACCUUAUGCUGUCCCCUCCUAGUAGCUAGCUAUUUCCCUCACUAACGUUAGCACAACUUUGGAAAAGCAGUGCUCAGCAAGCUGGGGCAAAGGACACUGUGUCCCGGUGUUGGGAAACACAGAUUUGCCGUGCAUGCUCUCCACACUGAAUAGACUAUCCCAGUGAUAUCCAGAUGGUUACCAAUAUUCUAGUAUUUCUCAUGAAGGCUGUUAUCCUACUUGGAGUAAAAAAAACUGUAGCAAAACAUUUGAGUUAAUUAACAUUGGAGUUAACAUUGAUUUGGUGGUUUAGCUCUAGAGGACAGGUGUCCAGUGGGGGCAGUUCAAUUCGGUCACGCAACUUCAGCCAUUGAGAAAUGGGGUGAAUUAGACCAUCAAAUACUGGAACCAUUUGAAAUACAAGGAAGAGAGAGCUUAAAAUGUUUCUACAACUUAAUUUUGUGUUCCUGCUUUGGAAUGUGGAUGUAGCAUUCCUGUGUUCCAUUUAAUCAAGUUAUGGUUGUUGUUGGACAAACAGAACAGGCACAAUGGGUGAGUCAACACCACACUACCCCAUGGAGGUAUUAUCACGACCCCGUGGAGGCAUUAUCACGGCCGCGUGGAGGCAUUAUCACGGCCCCAUGGAGGUAUUAUCACGGCCCCGCGGAGGCAUUAUCACGGCCCCGCGGAGGCAUUAUCACGGCCCCGCGGAGGUAUUAUCACGGCCCCAUGGAGGCAUUAUCACGGCCCCAUGGAGAUUCGGUCUUAGACAUCGACUUGCCUACGGAUGUCAGAUCUAGUCUUUCAAAGCACCAAACUGCUCACAUGACAACAACCACAAUGAAUAAACAAAGCAUGUUACUAAAAUGCCUUUUAGGACCAAAACAAAGAAAACCUUCAGUUGAUUUAGGUUUGUUUUUACUGUGUUUUAAAGAAUCUGUUCAGAAAUGGAAUGUUUGUGUGCAAAAUGUGUCGCUUUCUUUUUCAGUGUAUUUGUUUUUUAGAUCAGCCAAAUUGGGCGGAGUUUAAGACCUAUGGAAGGGGUUUGCCAGCAGAGGGCGUAACACUGCGAUUCAAAGCUACUUCCUGGUUUUGUCAUGAGGUGCUCUCUGUUUUGAUUUUGUGCAAUAUCCGUAUAAGAGUCUACAUGUAUAUUAUGUAAAUGAACCCUUGGGCCCUAAUGCCUGAGGCUAUAAUGGUUGUCACUGUGGGUUCAUGUGUAUUGCUGCUGUAUUUCUCACCGCUGGCCUUAAGUCUCUCAGACACUGAAUAUUGUUAAAUGUACAGGCUUUUAUGGUUUUGCUGUUUUUUGUUUUCAUAAGAGUUUUAUUAAAGUUAUUUUCCAUCUAACUGGA